CCUGGGAAUUCCCUAUGCUCAGCCUCCAUUGGGCGAGCUGAGGUUUUCUCAGCCUCAAUCACCGAAAGUGAAUCCGAGUCACAGAAUAGACGCCACUGCUUACGGAAAAGCGUGUUUGCAACCGCUUUUCGGGGGUCUAACGGGCUUGACAACCUUUGACUUGUCGGAAGAUUGUCUUUUCAUCAAUAUCGUCCGGCCUUCAAACCUGCCCCACCGUACGAAACUUCCAGUGAUGGUUUGGAUUCAUGGAGGGGCUUUUUACUUUGGUGCUUCACAACUGUUUAACGGCUCGGCGAUCGUCGCCCAAAGCGUUCUCUUGAACGAACCUGUCAUCUACGUCUCCCUCAAUUAUCGUCUAAACGCCUUUGGCUUCCUUGGCGCACCUGAACUGGCAAGCGACUCUACGACCGGAACGCUCAAUGCUGGUUUACACGAUAUGAUCGGUGCAUUGAAAUGGGUACAGGAAAACAUUGGUGCUUUCGGAGGAAACAAGAACCGAGUGAUAGUGUUUGGUGAGUCGGCGGGUGCGAUUGCGAUUGGGACUCUCCUCGUUGCUGGAGGAGGACAUUAUGUGAAACAUCACAACUUAUUCCAUGGUGCCAUCAUGGAGAGCGGGGCUCCAGCAGGUCUCCCUGUUCCCAAUGUAUCCGAUCUCGUACCCUGGACAAAUAUCUUCACUACUGCAACAGGCUGUCUUCCCUCCGAUCCCUCGAUCAUAUCAUGCCUUCGUUCGAAACCGUCCGAGGUACUUUACCAAGCUUCGCUCGUAACGUUAAGCGCGACAACGGGCCUCGCACUCGUUUAUAAUCGAGUUGUGGACGGAUUCUUUUUCCAGGAAGGGAAACGUGCGGCGGAAGAGGUAAGAAAGGGGAAUGUAGCGGAUGUGCCUAUCAUUACGGGGUGCAAUUUCGACGAAGGAACGUUAUUCGUACCUCACACGUUCAACACUGCGGACGAAAUAGUGAAUUUUUUCCGAGUAGGAUUGUUAUACGUUGGAAACCUUAGCGUAGCGACGCCAGAACAAACGAAGCUCUUCAAAGGCCUUCUGGAGUUGUACCCCGAUAUUCCUGCGAUCGGAAGUCCCUACGAGCCUGUCGGGGCGAGCAAAGACGAUCGGUUCUUUGGGUCGAAUAAUCAGUACAAAAGAGCUGCGAGUUUGCUCGGGGAUAUUGUCUUUCACAGUGGUCGACGCGCAUUGUUGGAUGCGUAUAUUAAACACUUUGGUUUCUACCCGGCGUGGACAUACCUUUAUACCCAAGUGACUCCAGACACACCAGCGUACCAAGGUGUCUAUCACGGAAGUGAGCUUCCGGCUGUAUUUGGACUGUAUGCUAUACAAAAUACAACUUCGGAUCUGGGCAAAACUUCGUUAGUUAUGAUCAGCGCCUGGGUCACCUUUGCGAAUUCUCUCGAUCCUAACCGCCCAUUCU